AUGUGCUCAGACGUGUUGAAAGAAGGUAGUCUGUUCGACGACAUGAUUGCUCUCUGUCUGCAAAAUCGGAAAAAUCUCCCGCGAAUAUCACAAACUGAGUUGAUUGUAUGGGGAUUGUUCAUGAAUGGAACCGUAUUUUCGUCUGAUAUGUCCAUGAAACUCUCAGCGGCCAAGGACUUGCUAACAUACGCAAAAGACGCCCUAGAUUCUAUUCAUGAUCUGUACAUUACACAGAAGACAGAUACACGACAGAAGAAUGCUGUGAAAUUUAUAACUGCAACCACACACAAUAUGUGUACAUUCUGUGACGUCACAACCACUAGCAUCCGAGCGGCAGGGUUCCUUCCGGUCUACCUAAAGUACUUGGAGAAUGAAACCGUCAGAAAUGACUUUUUGCUGAGCGUCCCAAUUUUGGCAGCUGCCAGUGACAUUAUGAACGAAAAUGACGCAUGCAUGGCGGGAAGUCGUAGUGACGUAGAAUACAUUAUGUGCGGGAUAGAGGAAGCUAUACAAUCUAAAUCCGGGGAAUUCGACGGAUGGCUAGCAUUCGAACUGGCAAAGAUAAUAGGCAACCUUGCAAUAUUUGAUUCCAACAAGAAGAUUUUGGUGCAAUACGGUGUACUUGGGCCGCUCAACAAACUGUUAAAACAGUCAGAGGAAAUAGAGCAACUUACCGCUACGAAGACUCUUGCUCAUCUUGCAUUUGAUGACGACAACAAGAAAAUAUUUGUAUCGGACGAAAAAACAGAUGUCGUGACAACUCUCUUCGAUCUAGCCCAGCGUUCCCAAUUCUCAUCUGUCCGCGAGUCUGCUAAAGGUGUACUGUGGACAUUAUCGGAACAACUGCACUCCUCCCAAAAAUACUCAUCUUUAGUUCAAGAGUUUACUCAGAAGAAAACGAAAGGCCACGUGAUGAUUAGUUAUUCUCGAGAACAGCGCCAGCUAUUGUUGAGGAUAAAGCAAGCCAUAACGGAAGCGGGGUUUACCGUAUGGAUGGACAUUGAACAAAUGCGGGAUAAUGUCUAUGAUCGAAUGGCAGAAGCCAUUCAGAACGCUUCGGUGGUUUUGAUUUCCAUGUCCUAUAGCUAUCAAAGAAGCGAAUAUUGUAGGAGAGAGGCUGCGUACGCAUCCUCGUUAAAAAGGGCAAGGAUUCCACUGCUAGUAGACCCAGGUUAUGUAUCAGAGGGCUGGCUCGCUUUGAUGACUGCCGGGGAUUAUCACUACGACUUCGUCAACAAACCUUUUGAAAUGAAAAUGGAAGAACUAACGGUAGAACUCGGACGAAGGUGUUUUAAAGGCCCGGGGGAUAGUACAGAUGGGAUUACAAAACAGGGGACUGUCAUGCAACAAUCACCAGUCGUUUCUUCCCAUGGACAACCUACAUACAGUGCACCCCCACCAUCCACACACGGACAGUCAAUAUAUAGUGUUCCUCCGCAGAAAGAAGUAGAUCUUUCCCAAAACAAGAAAAAGGCCAAAAGAUGGAAGAAGUUCUCAAAGAUGGACAAGGAACAAGUUGGUGCUUGGUUAGAAAAACAUAACCUAUCGCGGGAGAUAUUUGAGAGUUACAGAGCUAAAGACAUCGUCUUCUUGGCACAGAUGAAGGAAGAGGCUCCCGAUUCCUUCUACAAACACGUGAUGAAGCUUUCAAAAACCAAAAACAAAAUGGAGGCGCUGCAGCUGGCUGCUGAUUUUACCACGGCUUUAGAGCAUUUAAAGAUUUCAGACGAAAUGAAAUGACUAUGGAACACGAAGAAACUUGAACUCUUAUCUGUCCCGAGUGCCGUUUACCUUCUUGGUAUGACUAUGGAACACGAAGAAACUUGAACUCUUAUCUGUCCCGAGUGCCGUUUACCUUCUUGGUGUUUCAGUAUUCAAUACCGUAUAGCGGGUUUUUUUUUUCACGGGUUUAAAAUAUGGCGAUUUGAUGGCUCAAAGGUGUGCUAAUAAUUUUUUGGCAGACAAGGAGGAGUUAUGUUUCUUGCAAAUAUUGAAGUCGCAUUUGUGUGGAUAUUUGGCGAGUGAAAUUUUAGCGAAAAGCUAUCUAACCGCUAAAAUAAGCAAAGCAAAAUUUAUCACUCCGCGAAAAAAAAACCGCUAUACGGUAGUAUUUACUUUAUUGUAUAGGAGUAACACACAUUUAGCUGACGAGCAAGUUUUGUUUCCAACGAUCAUGCUGGGCUUCUCAACAGGUUACAUGUGUAUCUGAGAAAUUUGAAAGAAUUAGAUGGUCAACUCCUUAUUACAGUUAAGAAAAUUAAACUGAACACUUUCUGCCUCGAUCUAUCCAAAACAGUAGUAAUCUGGAUACAUAUAACGGCUGUGUUCCUAAAUGAAUUACAUAUCUAUGCCUAUUUGCAAAAAAUGUUCAUUCACCGCUUAAACUACGAUGACAAUGUUGACCAUAGAGUUGACUUGAUGAUGAAGAGUUACAUUUAUAGAAAGAUACAUGUGUUGACCAAAUAAACAGAUAUAUGGAUACAUAUGCUGACCAAAUGGACAGGUCGAUGGAUACAUUGCAUGCUUGUUUGAAAAUGUCGAACAGUUAUCAUAUCAUCUAGGAAGUCAUACAUGUACAUUUGUCGAUUGGCAGUGUAUCAAAAUUUAAAUAAGAUUACACAAUACUUAUAUUGGGAAAAUAUUAAGCAAAAAAAUAAACUCAAAUUAUUGAUUUGUGAUUCAUUACAAAAGGUUAUAUUUUCAAAAUUGCAUAUUACAAUAUAGUGAUGGAUUCUGAGUAUCCCGGGUGUGUGUGUAUGUAGAGAGAAGUCUAGUUUCAUUCUUCUUAUUUUAUUCAUAAUACACACAAUGCACAGUGACCACCGCACACAGAGAGGAAUUGUUGUAGGUCACGUGACUAAAGUUAUCCGUGCUGGCGUCCCACAGACACCUGCUUGCCGUUUGCAUGCUCUGACAUCCCAGCUGACUGAUGAUGACGUUACAGAUAAUCUUGUAGCGCGGGAAGCCCAGUUCUUUCACUCCAUUCUUUAUUAGAAUCGACAGGUCACAUGCUAAUUUACUACAUGUUGAGGCGGAAUAUUUCUCCUUUUCUAAGAAGCGAUUUAAUAUCGACUUCACUACAGUCUCAAUUUUGUUCGUAUUCACGGCCUUGCCGGAGUCUGGUUUCAUUUUAUACGUGUUUUCGUAUCGAACUUUCGGUUUAAGAUCCUCUGGAUUGCUGAUGCUCAGUCCGAACUUGCUCAUUUUCCGCAUGGCUAACAUAGAGGUGAUUGAAUUCGCCACUCCUUUAAAUGUGGAUCUCCGCCUGUGCAUCCUAUCCGGGAUUGCACCUUGCGACUGCGCCGUGGCCUUUGAACCAUCUUCGGAUGACUUGGCAAUGGACACUCGCCUCGCUUUCCAGUUCGUAAAUAUUUCUUCAUCUUUGUCUUCUCCGGAAUCUCUGUGGAACAUUACCUU